AUGGCUAGUGAGGAGAACGACCAGGAUCCACCCAGGCGCGAUGUCCGCAACCACAUGCUCUUCGAGAUCGCGACUGAGGUCGCCAAUCGCGUCGGAGGCAUCUACUCGGUGCUGAAGUCCAAAGCGCCCGUCACAACGGCAGAGUAUGGCGAGCGCUACACUCUGAUCGGUCCGUUGAAUCGCAAUUCGGCCGCCGUGGAGGUUGAGGAGCUCACGCCGUCGAGUCCCGCUAUGAAACAAACAAUGGCGACGAUGAAGGAGCGCGGCAUCGAAAUGAUCUACGGUCGCUGGCUGAUCGAGGGUGCGCCCCGUGUGCUCCUCAUCGACACCGGCACUGGGUACAAAUACUUGGACGAAUGGAAGGGUGAUCUGUGGAAUACCGCUGGGAUCCCGUCUCCUGCGUCGGACCACGAGACGAAUGAGACGAUCGUCUUUGGGUACUUGGUGGCGUGGUUCUUGGGCGAGUAUAUUGCUCAUGAACGUCGUCGUGCUGUUGUCGCUCACUUCCAUGAGUGGCUUGCUGGUGUCGCUCUACCUUUGACGAAGAAGAGGCAUAUGGACCUGACGACUAUCUUUACCACUCACGCGACGCUACUCGGUCGGUACCUGUGUGCGGGCUCUGUUGACUUCUACAAUAACCUGCAGUACUUUGAUGUUGAUGCGGAGGCUGGUAAGCGAGGAAUCUACCACCGGUACUGCAUUGAGCGAGCUGCUGCGCAUUCAGCGGACGUUUUCACCACCGUCUCUCACAUUACGGCGUUUGAGAGCGAACAUCUCCUCAAGCGGAAACCGGACGGUGUCUUGCCCAACGGACUGAACGUCAAGAAGUUCUCUGCGGUCCACGAGUUCCAGAACUUGCACUCCCAGUCGAAGGAGAAGAUAAACGAGUUCGUCCGAGGACAUUUCUACGGGCACAACGAUUUCGACUUUGACGAUACCCUCUAUGUAUUCACCUCCGGUCGAUAUGAGUUCCGCAACAAAGGUGUCGACAUGUUUAUCGAAGGAUUGGCGCGUCUUAAUCACCGGCUGAAGUCCAGCGGAUCGAAGACAACCGUUGUAGCCUUUAUCAUCAUGCCAGCGCAGACCUCGUCGCUCACCGUCGAGUCGCUCAAAGGUCAAGCGGUCGUCAAGUCGCUCCGCGACACGAUUCAUAUGAUUGAGCAGGGCAUUGGAAAGCGCAUGUAUGAGCGCUGUCUAUCUUGGAAAGAGGGCGACAACAUGCCGGAUGAGAAAGACCUCAUCACCAGUCAAGACCGGGUCCUUCUCCGACGCAGACUAUUCGCCAUGAAGCGGCAUGCUCUCCCCCCCAUUGUCACCCACAACAUGCUCAAUGACCACGAGGAUCCUAUUCUAAACCAGAUCCGCCGCGUGCAGCUCUUCAACCAAUCUUCGGACCGCGUCAAGAUUGUUUUCCACCCCGAAUUCCUCAACUCGUCUAACCCGGUGCUGCCUCUAGACUACGACGACUUCGUUCGUGGCACGCACCUUGGAGUCUUCCCGUCUUACUACGAGCCUUGGGGGUACACCCCUGCGGAGUGUACUGUCAUGGGCGUCCCCAGCAUUACGACCAACCUUUCCGGGUUUGGAUGCUACAUGGAGGAGCUGAUUGAGAACUCCUCGGACUACGGCAUCUACAUUGUGGACCGCCGGAUGAAGGGUGUAGACGACUCGGUCAACCAGCUGACUGAGUUCAUGUACAACUUUACGCUCAAGAGUCGGCGACAACGGAUCAACCAGCGUAACCGCACGGAGCGUCUUAGCGACUUGCUGGAUUGGAAGCGUAUGGGCUUGGAAUAUGUCAAGGCUCGCCAAUUGGCUCUUCGAAGAGCGUACCCCUCGUCCUUUGAGAACCAGGAAGACUACUUUGAUGUUAUCGGCGGAACCGAGCAGAAGAUCUCGCGGCCAUUGUCUGUUCCCGGGUCUCCUCGGGAUCGCUCUGGAAUGAUGACUCCGGGUGAUUUUGCAUCUCUACAAGAGGUCAAGGAAGGUCUCUCGACCGAAGAUUAUGUUGCAUGGCGCCUCCCUACAAGCGAGGAGGACGACCCUGAAGACCACUUUUACCCUCUCACCCUGCGGACUAAGAAGUCGGACCGACCGUCUUCACCUCUGGAUCGGAUAGCCAUAAACGGGGGCCAGGCCAGCUAG